CGCGAAAGGACAACUACUAUCACCGGAGCACGCACACCGUGCGCACACAAGACGCCAAUUCGUUAACCACCGACUGGACUAACCUCCAAUUGGUUAUAACCCGCGCUAGUAGCACACGCUUGUCUACAUAACCUUAUCCGAGAUAGAGACGUGCCAGUGGGGACACUUGGCCACUUGUCCCCUCCCCCUGGUGUUCCACAGGCGAUUUUACGGGGAUUCCCCUCUUUCACUCGCGUCACAUUUUCGAAGCGUAAAUACAGUGGCAGUGGUGGCUAUUAUGUCAGACCUGUUCCCCCACCACUAUUUUCCCUCGUCACUGGCGUGGACGGGCGUGCACAUUGACACGUUCGUGUUUAUCUACACGUGAAGAAGUCGGUGUUUACGAUUUUGUGGUGUUAAUAGAGAAUCAAGACGUAAAUAACGAAGAGUUGAACGCUUUUCGGGGGGAUUGAGUGACUUGAGUGCGAGUUUUUCGGGGGUUUAUGACGUGUGAAGCUGUGGAUUUUUUAAUGCUCAUUGGGGAGAUUGACUUUGGUGGGCUUUUGAGAUAAUCUCGGAGGUUUUGGUCGGUUUUGGUUACCAUGAGCGACGGUAUUGUCAGUGCAAUCUCCAUAAGUUUGUUCGGUACUGGUUCAAUGUGUGUUGGAGAGGAGAGGAAGAGACAACGCGGCAGCAUGGAGGCUGGAUACUCGAUGCUCACCGGUGAUCUUGACGUCUGCAGGAUGUUUGAUCAGUACACUUAUAAGAGGAGCGACAACCUCGACUUGUCACUGAGUGUGUCACAGCACCAUCAGAACACGUACCACCACGACGGGGGCUACAACAUGGCUGAUCAGACGUUUCACACACCGAGUUUUGGAGAUGAGGAUUUCGACAUUCCUGCCAUUCACCCACAUCAGCAGCAUCAACAGCAUCACCCGCAGCAGCAUGACCCCAUGCAUGGCUACCAGUCACAGAUGAUGCAAGCCGGUGGUAUGCAGCAGUCGCCAGACGCUCUGAGCCUGGACCCGGGUGGGUACCAGCAGCCCCUCUACCUGCAGCAGGAACACACGAUGCAGCCAAUCAACGUCAGUUCAGCGUACACAAGCCCACAGGCGUCGUACACGUCAAUGAGCUCUCCUGGCCAGCAGCACGGUGGCCAACAGCUGCUUUUAUUACAACAACAGCAUAAUCAAGCACAACAACAGCACGCCCAGCAUCAGCAACAGGUACAAAUGCACAUGCAAUAUGUUCACACUCAGCAUCAACAGAUGCAAAAUCAGCAUCAACAGCAGCAGAUGCAGUACAGAAGUCCAACGGGCGGUAGUCCACCGGCCAUACAACAGAAUCCACCGGUUGAAAACAAUAAUACGACAACGAGUGAGGACAGCGAUGACAGUACACCACAUUCGGCCAUGAUUACUGGAAUGAAGCGACCCUCACCCGAGCCCGUAGACACUGUUAAUAAGGCACAGAAGAAGCCAAAGGCACAGAAGAAAAAGAAGAAGAGGGAUCCAAAUGAACCGCAGAAGCCAGUGUCUGCAUACGCCCUGUUCUUCCGUGACACCCAAGCAGCUAUCAAAGGACAAAAUCCCAAUGCAAGUUUCGGUGAAGUAUCGAAAAUCGUCGCAUCAAUGUGGGACGCACUCGAGACAGAGCACAAAAAUGUUUAUAAGAAGAAGACUGAAGCAGCGAAGAAGGAGUAUCUGAAGGCCCUGGCGGCUUACAGGGCAUCGGUGGUGAGUAAGAGUGCUGGGGACGAGCCCCAGCCACCCCAGCAGCCACCGCCCCCUCAGCAACAACCCCAACAGCAGCAGCAGCAGCAGCAACAACAGCCCCAGGUGCAGUACGGUUAUGGUUACGGUGGUAAUCAACCUGGCAAUGUUGCCUACCAGGUUUACAGUCCCCAGCCCCAGCCACCGUCGCCCCAACAGCAGGCGCAUCAACACCAGCAAAUGGCCAUCAAAAAGUCACCCCAUCAUCUCACUGGAAUGCAGCCUAAUCAUCAACAGCAGCAGGGCAUGAUGGGCAAUCCUAUGGCACCACCGCACAUGACGCAGCAGCAACACAUGCAGCAACAAGUAUCACAGCAGCAGUACAUGCAGCAGGUGCCCCAACAACAAGUACAACAAGUGCAAAUUCAACAGCAACAAAUAAUGCACAUGAGUCCCCCACGUGCUGACUCUUUAUCGAGUCCUCCCCCAGUGACAGGACAACAAACAGGCCUUGGCCAGUCACCACCGUCAAAUUCCUGCAUUCGUCAGGGCUGUCCAAAUCCAGCAAUUGCAAACAGCGAAUGGGAGGAUGAGUAUUGCAGUAAUGAGUGUGUGGUUAGCCACUGCAGGUUUGUGGAUGUCUUCACCACGUGGGUCUCAUCAAAUCAAAAUCCCCAACAGAAUUUUUCAACAGUGAAGUAAACACGAUGAUUAUUUAAGUGUUAAUCUCAGAAAUAGGAUGAACCACAGAAUGUUUUUUUUUUCUCUCCUUUCAUGACCCAAGGCCCUUCAUUCAAGAAUUUAUCGGGGGCCUGUGGGUCGUUGAAGCGUUAAGAUUUAAAGUUAAAACGUAAAAUAAUGGAAACUUUACACAAUUAUGUACAUAAAGUUCUAGACAAGAGUUGAGUGAGAGUUCUGAUUCGCUGGAGAUGGGACAAUCACGAAUUAUAUGAAAAAAAAAAAAUACAACAAUAUAAAUGCCUGGAUGACACGAUGAGACUGUCUGCUAGGGAAUACUGCGAAUCGCAACGAGGCAACAUUGACUGUGAAUUAACGAAACGAUUUAAACUGAUUUUUCAUAAUGUUUUUUUAUGUACUUGGGGAGCCUUAAACUGGAGUGGCCAGAACUCUGCUGAUAACAUCUUUUUUUUUGUUGAUCAACUUUAAUAAUUUAUUACGGAGUAAAGUUUCAUUUCCAAUUCAAGCAUUAGAUUAUUUUUUAAUUCUUUUGUAUUAAUAUCGUUUUAUAAUUACAAAUAUAUUUAUGAAUAUGAUCCAUCACAAGCUGAAUCAAUGUGGAAAAUAUUACAAUGGAAAAAAACAAAUUAUGGGGUGGUGUUUUUCUUUUAAUGUUUAACAGAAUCUGUGUUAUUAGUUGGCAGUGCCAUUUGCCAGUUGUUGCAUACUUCAUUUUCAACAUUCAUUUAGCUAGAGAAUAAUUAAUGAGAGGUACGAAGAGAACAGGUGAAUGAGAAAAAUAAAGAAGCUACACAUACGUAUAGUUAUAUAUAGUACCUAGACCCUCCCCCCCCCACCCCCCACAACCACCCACGAGUUUAUAAAUAAAAAUAUCCAUCUGUGGAAAAUUUACCUGAUACGAUUUACGGAGUUGAGGAAAAAUAAAAUCAUUUUCUCCCGUCUCCCCCACCCCUUCCCCUCAAUACGUAAUAAUUAUCGCAUAAGAGAAUGAUUAAAAACCACUGGAUGAUGACAGUCAAGUUGCCAUUGUAUCUGGCUGGAUAAAUAACUCUGAGAUGUGAGGAAGAACAGGUGAAUUUUGAUGGUCAGUGGAUGAUAGGUAUCAUUUAAUGCUCCAAGCCCACUGGUUUGAAAAUCAUUAUUUUUUUAUUAUAUACGUGCGAUCCAAUUUGUAUCUAUAGUAAAUAUUUUCUUUAUGUUGUUUUUUUUGUUCAUUUUUUACGGUAGGUUUUAAUGAACUGAGGAUUUUGGGGUCUGAUUCGCGGGAUGUUUGAAUUUUCUCGGUGAGAAAUUGCGGUUUAACCAAGGACAUUUGCGGGGAUUAUCUCGGAAAAAAAUAUUUUUUAAUCGAAUUGUUUAUUUUUUCAAACCGAGAUGAUCCACCGGUGAAUUAUAGGCGUUUUGGGACUGAAUGUUUGUCAGAACUGGGGCUGUAUUUUUUUUUAAUUGGGUUUUAGCGUGAUUUUUUUGUGGAGGGGAAUUAUGAAGGGACAAUUUUACGCGAAAGCCCAAUUGUUAAAAAUAUUGACCCCAGUGUGAAGGGAUGAUUAAUUCAAUAGUGAAACGCUGAUCACUUGAGGACAUUCUGUGCAUAUAAUUAUUAAGAUAUUUCUUUUUCCGUUCGAAUAAAUUAAUUUUUUCACGAUGAUGUUUUUUUCAAAUUUUUGGUGUGAAGAGCGCACGUUCUUCGGCGAAUUCACGUUAAUUUAAUUAUUUGUUUUUUUAUAUUCUUAUGUAAAUACGAAUAUAAAUAUAUUCUAUAGAUUUAUAGGUCUAUAAUAUAUACAUAAUCAGUACUGUAAUAUAUUGAUAACGAUUUGUGGUAUAUUACGAGAAAAUACAAAUUAUAUAUUAUACAUAUAAAUUAGAAUAAAUAUAUUAUUAUUGGUUAUUGAUAAUGCGUAAGAUAUUGAUUAUGAGCGUUCGUGAGGUGCGCCAACAAUGACCGCGUUUAUGGUGCAUUGAAAUGGUAUUUCACGUGAAUGAAUAAAUUCAAUACAGUGCAGAAUAAAGCAACAUUAAGUCCCUCCCCUCGUUCAUGUACAAUUCCCGAACGAUUAUGAGAUGACAAUUAUUGUGAAACACGAUUUUACAAUAUGAUUAAUCAUAAAAUACGAUGAGAAAACCUAUAGUGAAGAAAGAGAGUUAACGAAAAUGAAGUUAAAACGUUAGGAGUUACUAUAGUAUCGUAGACCUUAGCACGACGCAUCAAAUGCUAAUAUAUGAUGGUGAUUUGCAAUGAAUUUAUGUUCAUUAUUAUUGUUUUUUUCUGUACAAAAAGAAUAUCUUAAUUAAAUGACUCAGUCCCAGAACUAUGAA